AUGACAGAGCACAGGCAAGACUGGAUACUAUCCAUUCAACUUCAAUUCGCCAUUUUUCAGACAUCUAAGGCGUAUAGGGAAGAUCACAAUUUCCUUCGCCUCGACGUUUUCAAAGUCAGCCCGGAAAACGCAAUAAUUGACCUCAACGUAGUGUUUCGGAUUAGUCUCCUGGGGAUCCUGAAACUGCGGGCAGUAGCCAGACUGAAACAGUACAUCGACAGCCAAGACGGCAGAUUGGGAGAGGUGGAGAUACACAACGUGACUUACAUAUCUGACUCAGGUACGUUCACAGCAACGACAGAGUCUGACAGAGACGUGAGGUGUGUGCGUGUGGGGCACCACUGCUUCCCGUUCUGUCACGCCAACCCUCGCUACUGUGUCAACGGUGGAACGUGCCAGGAGGACGGAACUGUGAAAUUAUUGUGCACGUGUAUCUAUGAGCCCUUCGUUCACUACGCAGGCGCAAGAUGCGACACAAGAACUAUAGGUAUUAUAUCCAUACUAAUGAUUGCCGUUGGCCUGUUGGUGACUCUGACCUGCGUACUGUACGCUAUCAGGCGCUGGAGGAGAACAGGAUCUCCUGUACCGCGGGCAAGCACACGUGGGUACAGCACCAGACACCUGGAGGGCACAAAGGACGCGGAUGAUAAGAAAUGUUCCGUCUGGACAUCAGACACAUCAGGCGUAAAUCCUGUAUACGAAGGUUCGCAAGGACCGGUCACGAAUGGACUGGACCCGGACACAGACAGCGGUGCAAAGAGGAGCAAAGACAGCACGUAUUCUACACCGACGACCGUGUAAUGUGACAUCUUCUACAAGUCUGCUGAGUGAAUUGAUAUACCUCCACUCAUGUAGAGUUCAGUUCUGUUUGUCUUAAACAGCUCAAAUAAAAAUAAUCGUUAUGAACCAGUUUUAAAGAUUGCGCAUGCUAUUCUAUGUACAUUUUGGGUAUUGUAUCAUAGAAAUUCAACUUAAACCAUUUUAGUAAGUCAGUACCGAUUUGAAGCAAACAUAGAGGCGAAAGAGUACAUUGUAAACGUGAACACCUGUAGAUUUGGGAAAAGACAAGAGUGUAUGGCUAUUUUGCGAAAUUGAAGCUGUGGCAUUAAAAUAAGUGCCAAUGGGAGCUGGUAUGUACAACUUACCAAUUUAAUUGUGACAUAUGGCUAAAUGGUACAGCUGUAUAUCUGAUUUUAUGUAUUUUCAUAGAAUAAACGAAUGAAGUCAUCAU